UGACAUAUUUUUUUCUUUUUGUUCAAGUAGUUCCUAAAUGAGCAUAGCGUUGUCAGGUUUUGUUCAAUUAAAUUUUGAUGUUCCGAUAUUUGGUAGUGGUUGAAACAUUUUACUAUGUCUGGUCGUAAAAUUCAAAGUGAUGCAACUGCAGUGCCAAAAAUGUAUACUGGGGGAAAAUCAACUAAACAAUAUGUUGAGGACACGGUAAGAGAAGCUAUGGCUGAAGUUAAUAGGGCAACAGGACAUCUUGGAACUGUUAAUCCUGGAAAAGUUUCGUAUAACACUUCAGGAGGUGGAAGUGCCAUCAACCAAUUCAAUAUUGUGGGAGGUACUAUUGGUCAAGCGGCAAUUGGUAACAGAGGUGACACUGUUUUCAACGAAGAGAAAAAAGUUUUCCAAAAAGGUGCCUCAAACACUAAAUACAACAUUAGUGGAGGAAAUUUCAAUCAAGCAAACAUUGGUGGAACUUCUCACUACAACAACAAAGAGUGUGAAAUUGGAUCUGGUGGUGGUGGUGGUAAAGGAGUUUCAUUGUCAGCUGAAGAUUUGACCCUGAGCAUUUUGGACAAAGGAGUCACAGCUGAGCAGUUUGUCUUGCUCCUUGAAAGGAAAUAUUCCUUGGCGAAUAUUGCUUUUGCGAUGCCCAGUGAUCCAGAACUCAAAAAUCGUAUGGUUGAUGCUCUUCUUGUGAAGUGAUUACAAAAUCAGACUUUUUCUUGUAAAUAGUUAUCAUAGUUUUUUUUUCAAACAUAAAUCAAGCAAUCGUAUGUGCUUUAUCAUCAACAAUGUGUUUUUAUUUUGAAUGAAACUUCAUGUUCAUUUUGAUUUAAAUGUUUCAAAUAUAAUUUUACUUUGUUUAUGCAUGUUUAGUGAUACUGAACAUCAAUCUUUACCACAUAAAUAGAGUCAUACUUCAUGAGAGGAUGAUUUUGGAUGUCAUGAGAAAGAUUAUCUCUAUAAAUAUGUAUAGCUUGCCAGCUGUCUUAACUCUAUCAGUAAUGAUUAAUUCUCUUUGGUCAGGGAUAUGCAAAUACACUUGGGUGUGCGGCAAUUACGACUAUGGUUUUUAUGGAUUUCCAUUGAAAAUAAUCUCAUAAAGACCCCGAUUGCCACAUUGUGCUUCUUAUUAUUAUAUAAAUGUUAGCCUAGCUGUUGAACUAGCUUUUGUAAAUAAACUGUUUUUUAUUCAUAGCUUUUCAUAUUAAGUUUUUGAGCCUCUGGCCCACUCAGAAAAGUAAUUGCCCACCCCUGUCUUUAAUGUUAUCUAAAGAAUGGCAUCACCGUAACUGUCUAAGCUUGAUUGUAUGUAAUGCACAGCUGAAGUCAAUUGAGUACUAUAUUUUAUUGUAUCAUGUACAGAAAAUUAUUAUUUAAUGAAUUUCUUGCAUUAAAUAAAGAACGAGUUGUAACAGAAUGGAGAAUUUGUUUUAUAUGAACUUUCAUGAGUUUUUAUUAUUGCUCUCAUCUUUUAUAAUUGAUCAACAAUCUUGUAUUUUUAUGCAUAGAAUGAUGUAUUCAAAAGUAUAUGUUCCUGUCCUAAAAAAAAUCUCAUCCCAUCUAUAAUUGCUAAAUUCAAAUAAUAAACUAUUUCUAAUAUACAAUAUUUUCUACAUUUAUAAUAGAGUGGAAAAUUUGCAUGGAAUUGUUACAGCACAUAACUUUAUAAAGAUAUUUUUAACUGCUGCGCCUGUGGGCAAUUUUACUAUUGAUUAUGAUAUGUUGUAAAAAAGAAUUAUUAUGGAUUAUUUUAAAAUUCUAGAAAUAACCAUAUCAAACUAAGUAACUAACUAAUACUGAAUGUGUUUGAAUAUUCAAUUUGUUAUGGAAUGAACAUUUACUGUGGAAUAUGUAACUUGGUUGUCUAUAUACAAUUUUUAUUCAUCUUUUUGUAUUAUAAUUAGA